AGAUCUGCUGGGGGGGGGGAUUUCUCAGGGUGUCCCUCCCCCAGUCUCGCCGCCUAGCGAAGCGAGGGGGCAGCACACGCGCCGAGGGGAGCGGGCGGGAGCGCGCGCUGGCCCCCAUGAGCGAUGAGCGCGCAUCCUCCUCUUCUGGGAAGGGAAGGGAAGGGGGCGGGCGAAUCGCGCGUGCGCACUAAGGCCAAGGGGGCUGGCUGCUAUAUAAGCGCGAGGGUGGCACCCAGUCCGCCACAAGCACUAGCCGGAACAGCCGAGUUGUGUGUGUGACGAGCGCGGGCAGGGCGGCAACGAUGGUGAAGCGCGUGGCGAACCUGGAAGAAUUUCAGACCCUAUUGAAAUGUGCUGGUGAUAAGCUUGUAGUUGUUGACUUCUCGGCCACGUGGUGUGGACCAUGCAAAAUGAUAAAACCUUUUUUUCAUAGUCUUUGUGAGAAGUACCCAGACGUAGUAUUUCUUGAAGUUGAUGUGGAUGAUGCUCAGGAUGUUGCUUCACACUGUGGAGUCCAAUGCAUGCCAACAUUCCACUUUUACAAACAGGGCGCAAAGGUACAUGAAUUCUCUGGUGCAAACAAAGAGAAGCUGGAAGAGAAUAUUACCACGUUCUGCUGAUCAACCAGUAUGAACAGUUAGUGUUGACUGUUUAUAUGUGGCCUGUAACUUUUUCUACUUACAGAGACUAAUCAAGUUAACUAAAUAUGUAUCCAAAAAUUCUGUCCCUUCAGACUGUAAAUGAGUACAAUAAAAUGUAAAUUCUUCACUUAUA